AAUAGUAUAGCAGAAGCACGUGUUGUGAAAUGUGUUUUGAUUUCAGAAUUUAAAAACUUUAAUAUAAAGAAACAAUUGUUAUUUAAUUUCACUUAAUUUGUUAUUUAUUGAUAAUUUAUUUUAUUUAUAAUAAUCGUAAAUUUUUCUUCAUUUAAGAAAAAUGACAAGUCGUUUAGCGGUGGUAGGAGGCGAUGAUUUGAACGAAAAGUCAAAGACAUUUGUAUUCAUAGGCGAAGGUCACACUUUAGGUCGUGCACUUGUUACAAUAAUGCAAAAUUUUGCUGACGUGAUGUUUUGCUCGUACACAAUUUCGCAUCCAAACGAAGACAAAAUGCUUCUGCGAAUACAAGCAAAAGAAGGACGAGCGGUUGAUAUUUUACGAAGAGGUCUCGAAAAUUUGAACGACGUUUGCGAUCACACGAUAAACACCUUCGAGCAGGCAAUGAAAGAUUUUCGAGAUUCCACAUAAGUAUAAAUAUCACAUAAAUUUUUUUAUUAAACCGCAAUCUUGUAAAUAUAUUCACAAAAAAAUAUUAAUUUAAAAAUUUUUUAAAUUUCACCUUAAAAAUAAAUUUUUCUAUACUUUACAAAUA